AUCUCUCCUGCCCUUCACUGCCGCGACGGCUCCUCCGACGAGCGAACGGAGCUUCUCUGGCGGUUCGAGUCCCCAGAGUUCGAGCAUGUCUUGGCGUUCAUUGAAACCCUAAUUGGGCCAAUCAUCGUCUCCGACUGCAGCUCCCACUUCAGCCGAAUACUGCCCAUCCGCCAUGAAGCUAAGGUACGCAAUGGUGUGCUCGUCGAACCAGAACCGGAGCAUGGAGGCCCACUCGCUCCUCAAGAGGCAGGGCUUCGACGUGUCUUCGUACGGCACCGGAGCCCACGUGAAGCUCCCCGGGCCCUCCCUCCGGGAACCCAACGUCUACGAUUUCGGCACUCCCUACAAGCAAAUGUUCGAUGAGCUCCGCCGCAAAGACCCCGAACUGUACAAGCGCAACGGCAUUCUGCCCAUGCUUAAGAGGAAUAUGUCUAUUAAGACUGCACCUCAGAGAUGGCAAGAGAAUGCAUCUGACGGCUCCUUUGAUGUUGUGCUCACAUUUGAAGAAAAGGUUUUCGACAUGGUUCUUGAAGAUCUCAACAGUAGAGAUCAGUCCCUCAUGAAGAUGGUAUUGGUAAUCAACUUGGAGGUCAAAGAUAACCACGAGGAGGCGGCAAUAGGAGCUCAGCUCACUUUAGAUCUGUGCCUAGAGAUCGAUGCAGCAGCUGACUCUUGGGAGACUGCCAUUGACGACAUUGUUUCUGGUUUCGAGCAGAGACACAGGCGGAAGCUCUUGUAUAGUAUUUCCUUCUAUUGAGUGGAAGCAAACCUCGGCUUUCAUUUUUCAAUGCAUACCAGUCCUGUAGCAUUGUACAUCACUGGAUCUCUUAAGAGAUUCCGAUCAAUCAAAGUUUUCGUUCUUUUCGUUUGGUUUUCA